UUCCAUCAAGGUCUAGGUCGUUAUACCAAUAGUAAUGAAAUAAGAAUUCGAGAGACAAUGGAAUUUAACGUUUUGAAGCCGCAAAGUAAUUUACUCCGCGAAUUUAAUUUUGUCAAAAAAACGCACUAAUUUGUUUUCUGAUCUUUUUGGCAUGUAAUGUCAAUACACUAGUAUAAAUACAACUCCACACCGGGCUUAUUCUUUCUGUGCUUAGCUUCAAUUUGAGAGUCAGAAAUGGAAAAUGGAGGAUUGAGCUCCGGCAACAAACCGACGAUCAUGGUGACGAACGACGACGGAAUCGACGCGCCUGGCUUGCGAGCGCUAGUUCAUGUUUUAGUCUCCACUGAUCUUUAUGUUGUGCGUGUCUGCGCACCUGACUCGGAACAGUCAGCGGUCAGUCAUCAUAGCACUUAUCGUCAUCCUAUUUCUGUUAAGCAAGUGGAAAUUCAGGGAGCAACAGCUUUUGCAGUUUCUGGAACUCCUGCUGAUUGUGCUUCUUUAGGAGUCUCCGAAGUACUAUUUCCUUCUGUUCCUGAUCUGGUGAUCAGUGGCAUAAACCAGGGUAACAACUGCGGAUAUAACAUUAUAUAUUCAGGCACUGUAGCCGGUGCUCGCGAGGCGUUUCUUGAUGGCGUACCUUCUAUCUCUGUAUCUUAUGAUUGGAAACCGGAUAAGAGCCACGUUAAUGACUUCACUCUCUCUGCUGAGGCUUGCUUGCCCAUCAUUAAUGCAAUACUGAUGGAUAUCAAGAAUCGAACUUAUCCACGUGGAUGUUUCUUGAAUAUAGAUUUUCCAGUAAAUGUUGGUAAUCAUAAGGGAUAUAAGCUGACUAAGCAGGGAAAAACUAGGUCAAGACUGGGAUGGAGGCAAGUUACAUCUGCAAAAUUGUUAGCAACACAAUCCGAAGAUAAUCAUGCACCAACCAUUUCAAAAGAACAUCUACUGUUCCAAAAAGAACUUACUGGCACUCUGAUGGCGGACAAUGAUGAUGAUACAGAUAAAAAGUCUCUAAAAGAAGGAUAUAUUACUAUCACUCCUCUAGGUGCCCUCACUCGUGGCGAUGCAAAUUACAACGCUUACUUCAAAGAUUGGCUCCCAAAAUGGAGUUGAGGACCGCGUUCA